AUAUAUAAAAACAGAAAAAAACAAAAAAAAAAUUAAAAAAAUAUUCAAAUAAUUCAUAAUUACCAAAACACCCCCGGGUCCCAUCCUAGCCGUUACAACCUUUUCGUUUUUUUCUUCCACCGCCUUUUGCCCCUUUCGAAUCCACGACCAAGGGCAUUUUCGUAAUUUCAUUCAACAACUCCUCUUCUUCGUUUCAUUGUCGUCUCUCUCUCUCUCUAUACUGUAGCAAACUCUUUUCACAGCUUAAGCCCUUCAUAAAAAUCAAACCCAUUUCCCUCUCUCAACUGUAAAUUUUGGUUCUUUUUCAAUUAUCUUUCUUGGGUUUUAGUUGAAUUUAGGGUUGGUUCGUUUUUUUUGGGUGGAAGUCGAUGAUGGCUUCUUCUUCCUCUGAUCCUGGUUUAAAGCCGGAAUCUAGUUCCGGUGGCGGUGGUGGAGGAGAGACUUCGGAGGCUGUGAUUGCGAAUGAUCAGCUUUUGUUAUACAGAGGAUUGAAAAAAGCGAAGAAAGAAAGGGGUUGUACGGCCAAAGAGAGAAUCAGUAAAAUGCCUCCAUGUGCUGCUGGAAAAAGGAGCUCCAUUUACCGUGGAGUUACCAGGCAUAGAUGGACUGGUCGUUAUGAAGCUCAUCUUUGGGAUAAAAGUACUUGGAACCAAAACCAGAAUAAGAAGGGAAAGCAAGUGUACUUGGGGGCUUAUGAUGAUGAGGAGGCUGCUGCUCGAGCUUAUGAUCUUGCUGCCUUAAAAUAUUGGGGUCCUGGUACUCUAAUUAACUUUCCAGUCACAGAUUACGCGAGGGAUCUUGAAGAAAUGCAAAAUGUUUCGCGAGAGGAAUACCUUGCAUCUCUUCGAAGAAAGAGUAGCGGUUUCUCAAGAGGAAUCUCUAAAUACCGUGCGCUUUCAAGUCGAUGGGAACCAUCAUUUGGUCGUAUGGCCGGAUCUGAGUACCUUAGCAGCAUACAUUAUGGUCCAGGGGAUGAUCUAGCAACAGAUAGUGAAUUUGUAGGUAGUUUAUGCUUUGAAAGAAAGAUCGAUUUCACAAAUUAUAUCAAGUGGUGGGGUCCAAACAAAAAUCGUCAAGGAGAAGCUAGUGUUAAAUCAUCUGAAGAUGCUAAAUUUGGUUGUGUUGGAGAUCUUGGAGGUGAGCUUAAACCAUUAGAAUGGGCAGUCAAGACUACAGAACCAUACCAGAUGCCUCGGUUAGGGGUGUCUCCUGAAGGAAAACAGCAUAAAACUUCGAAAGUGUCUGCCUUGAGCAUCUUAUCGCGGUCACCAGCAUACAAGAGCUUGCAAGAGAAAGCAUCGAAAAAAGAAGAAACCAAUGUAGAAAAUGAUGAGAACAAAAACAAAAAUACUAUGAGUAAAUUGGACUAUGGCAAAGCGAUUGAGAAGUCUACUAAUCACGAUGGGGCGAGUGACAGAUAUGGCGCUGAAUUAGGAAUGAGCGGAGGAUUGUCUCUGCAGAGAAAUAUAAAUAUGUUCCCGUUGUCUCCCCUUUUGAAUGCGCCACUGCUGACCAAUUACAACACCAUCGAUCCAUUAGUCGAUCCUAUAAUUUGGACAUCGCUUGCUCCUGUUCUUCCAGGUGGACUUUCUCGUACAUCUGAGGUUACUAAGACUGAGACCAGUUCAUCGUUCUCUUUAUAUCAGCAAGGAGAAUAAUGAUGAUGGGAAGAGUCAUUUUUGCUCUGAAAGUUGGCAAAACAGUGAUAUUUGCUCACUUUUUUUACUAAAGGUUUUACAGUUUAUGCAUCACUAUGCAAACAAACAGGACAGCGACCGAAUCGGGUAUAGAACGAGGCUUUGCAGGUUCGUUUUUUUACUUGGAUAUAUAGUGUUCAAGUUCAUGAUAGAAGAAGGAAGGAAAUAGUUUUGUAUGUGUUUAUGUUUAAAUUAUAAUGUACAAGUUUUUUACUUGAUUGUAUUUAGAUCCUUUUGUUUUGUUUUGUAUAUCAAGUUUGUGAACGUAUAAGUUUUCUUUUUCUGUUAAAUAUUUUACACAACCAAGAGAAUGGAGCAUGUGCAUGUACAGAGAUUAUGUCUCUUGUUGAUUAUUAUGCCUUUACUUAUAUGUCAUAGUUACUUCUUUCUCUUUUCUUU